CCGGGAGCGCCCUCUGGCUUAAACGGCACCUUCGCCCCCGCCCGCGGCUUAUAAUACUCCUCCUCCUCCUCGUCGUCUCCAUUCAGUCCCUUCCUGCUUCUCUCUCUCAGGCCACCGCCACCCGCUGUCCUCUCUCCCGUAGUUGGUUCGUUCACACUCGCCCCGCUCCUCCGUGUCCAUCUCCUCCCUCUCGGCGACAUGGCGAAGGUCGCUGCCAUGGCUAUGGAGAAGGUGGACGCCAAGGACCGGGAGAAGAUCGAGGCCGUCCGCAAGGUGAUGCGCAAGCAGGCGCCGCUCUCCCCCAAGCAGGCGGAGUACUGCAACGACGCGUGCGUGGAGCGGUUCCUCCGGGCCAAGGGCGACAACGUGAAGAAGGCGGCCAAGACCCUGCGCGCCGUCCUCUCCUGGAGGGAGACCAUCGGAGCAGAUCACAUCAUGGCCGACGAGUUCUCCGGCGAGCUGUCCGACGGCAUGGCCUACGUCGCCGGGCACGACGACGAGAACCGCCCCGUCCUGAUGUUCAAAAUCAAGCAGGAUGACUACCCCAAGUACCAGCCCCAGAAAUCGUUCGUGCGGUUCCUGGUGUUCACGCUGGAGGUGGCGGUGGCGUCCAUGAACCGCUUCGUGGACGAGUUCGUGCUCCUCUUCGACGCAAGCUUUUUCCGGUCGGCGUCGGCUUUCCUCAACCUGCUGAUGGGCACGCUCAAGAUCGUCGCCGACUACUACCCCGGCCGCCUCCACCGCGCCUUCGUCAUCGACCCGCCCUCCCUCUUCUCCGUCAUGUGGAAGGGGGUGCGGCCGUUCGUGGACCUGGCGCCGGCGACGGCGGUGGUGAGCUCGCUGGACUUCGAGGACUCGCUGGAGGAUGCGUCCUUCACGGCCUACCCGCGGACGGCGUCGCUGCGCUUCGAGCCGUCCGUGGCGGCCGCCGUGCUGACGGCGGGGGGGAAAGGGGGAGCCGCCGUGGGCUCCGCCUCCUCGCGCUUCGCCUUCAGCGUGUCGGACAACGCGCUCAAGCCGUGGUACCUCUCCACCACGCCGGCGCCGGGCCCGCGCUCCGUUGUGCCGGCCUCCUCCAGCCCCUCCCUCGUCGGCGCGUCCCCGCUCUCCGCGCGCUCCUUCUCCUUCGCCUCGCCCGCCGCGCGCUCCACGCCCACACCCCUCCAGCAGCAGCAGCAGCCGCGCGCCACCCGCGCGCCGCCGACGCCGUCCGCGGCCAAGGGAGGGCAGAAGGCGCCCUCCCCUCUGCCGCCGACGCCGCCGCCGCAGCAGCAGCAGUUCCCGCGGACGCCGAGGCCGUCGUUCCUGCAGUCGCCGUUCACGUUCCGCAAGGACGGGCAGGCGAGCCGGGUGGAGCGGGAGCGCGAGUCCUUCCUGCCCUUCCUGCGCUUCUACCGCCGGCCCUACGACGAGAUCACCUACCGCGCCAUGAUGCGGCGGCCGCUGGGCGGGCUCAUUGCCAUCGUCGCCGAGGACUUCAGGCCGAUGCCCGCCCAGCCGCCGCUGCGCCGGCACGCCGGAGCGCUCCAUCACCAGCACCACCACCAUCAGCACCAGCACCAGCACCAGAGGAUCUGAGCGUCUUCGAUCUCCAUACAGCUUACAACAUAAUCCAAUGCUACAUCAUCUCGCUAAGUCAUUAAUCUUUUGGCAACAUUUUCCCCCGGGUACUUAGUAUUUACUCCUACCGACCGCCUAUGAUAUGAUAUCAUACCUUCUGAAUCCAGCCAUUGUAAGAUAACAGCCCUGAAAUUGUGAGUAAAAUCGACCCCUUUCUUUCUGCUCCCA